AUGUUGCCCCAUUUUUGCCAUUUCAUUGGGUAGCUUUGAUGCUCAUUGACUGCCACCUAAGAUAUGCCACUUCCUAGUCAGCAUGGUUUUCUGUAUACCCUAAUUGAAGUAGAAUUGCCCUUGGUUAAUUUCUGGAGCAAAAAUUUGUGCAUGCUUCAUAAACUUAUCAAGAUUCAGGGAGAGCAUAUCUGUUUGAACUUGUGGGGAGGUAUUGUAGUCGCAGGUCACAGAAUAUAACAUUUUCUUUGUUAUAAGGUUGAGAUUUUGGUUUCUCCCAAGUUUGGAUUAAAUUUAGGUAAAUGGAUUUAACGCCAAAUUCUUUAGUCAUUGGAUUUUCAAUUAGCUGUUUUUCAUGUGCUGGCCACUUUUAUCAGUUAUUUAUUUAUUUAUUUUGAAUGGCAUCAGCUAUCUAAUGUUGUUUAUUGUAUCCUACCUAGGUAGUUACCUGGGAGUUGCUGUUUUAUUUUAUAGACUGACAGAAAGCAAGAAUCAGGGAUUUUUGGAUAUCUAUCAUGAUCAAGAAGUCACCAAGUAGAAACCAAAGAUCUAAAGGCUUCAAGGUGAAGCAUGUUCUGCAGAUUUGCGUCUUGCUCGUGGUCUGCUUCUGGUUAAUCUACCAAGUCAAGCACUCUCAUGAUAAGAGGAAGGAAUUUGAUGAGAAAGAUUCAAAAGUAGAAAGUGUUGAUGGGAUUCCAAAACUUGGAAGGAAAGACCUUCCUCGUACUGAGGAUGUUUUUAAGAAUGAGAAACAGGAGGAAGAAGAGGAAGAAGAAACUGUAGCAGAGGAGGAGGAUCAUAAGCAUGAAGAGCUGCAAGAUGAAGAAGCAAGCAAACAUGAAGAAGAGGAUCAAGGAGAGGCAAACAAACAUGAAGAAGAGGAACAAGAAGAAGUAAACAAGCAUGAUGAAGAAGAGCAGGAGGAAGAAGAAAACAAACAUGAAGAUGGAGAUCAAGAAGAAGAAGUAAUUAAGAAUGAAGAGAUGGAAGAUGAGCGGAGAGGUGGAGCUGAUGAGAUAGAUGAAAAUGAGCAAGAAAAGGCUGCGGGGGAAGCUGAUCAUGGAGAAGACUUUGUAGAUGAAGAGAAAGAGAGGGAAGAGGAGCAUGAUGAGCGAGAGAAUGAAGAGAAAGAAGAUCAAGAAGAAAAUGAGAAUUCAUCAAAUGAUCAGAAUCAGGAGGAAGGUGACAGGAAUACCCAUGAGGCAAGAGAGGAACAUUACAAGGCAGAUGAUGCUUCUAGUGCAGUGUCUCAUGAUUCUCAAAUUAUUGGCACUGAAAAUGAGAAUUCUACAAGAAACAUUUUGGAAUCAGAGAAUGAAGCCAAUAAAACUGAGGAAACGGCUGGUCAUGAAAACAAUUUGCAGUUGAAAUCAGAAGAAGAGAAACACACAGACAAUUCUUUGAACAACACAAUUGCGGAAGAAAAGGAUCAUGAGUCUAGCUCAGGUAACUCUGAGACCAGCUUGCUUCCAAAUGCAACAAAAGCAGCUGAUUCCAAUGACCUACCAAGCAAUAACCUGACUGAAGGGAAUUUAGAAUCGACUAAUAAGCCAGCAGAAAUGAAUACAGAAACUCUUGGUUCAGUGCAGAAUGGAGCAGCAACAACAUUGGCUUCAACUGAAUCACACAACACUACAGAAGCUGGUGCAACAACUGGAGAACAAUUGAACCAGCAAAAUAUUGAAACAGAAAAGGCCAAUAACAUGACGUUUAAUAGCAAUCAGUCAGAUGCUAAUACCACAGAUUCCUCUAAAACAGAGAAUGUGGAUUUGGCUGCAAGAGAAUCCUCAAAUUCCUCUAGCGAUGCAGAGGCUGCCGUAUCGGGGGAUAUCAUUAAAUCAAAUGCAACAGCUGAUGGAGGGAACAGUUCCGAGUCUUUAGCAACAAAGGAAACCUUUGAUGCAACUCAGAAUGAGAACUCUGAAGGUAACCAUGGCUCAGGUGGAACAGAUGGAACAGAUGAAAGCACUGAGCUUUCCUCCACCAAUGCAACUGGAGAUGAAAGUCAACAUGACCUUAUUGAUACUUCUGAUUCUACCCUCCCUCAAGAUGAGAAAGAUACUCGUGUUGACCUGAGUACGCUGCCAGAUAUUAGAACAGAAGUGAGCAACAGUGAAGAUGCCACCGCAGAAUGAGAAGGCUGAUUAAAUGGUCAGAUCAGAGUUUCUUAUGAAUGCUCCCAAGUUGCAUAUUAUCCUACUCCAUUUUGAUACUAAUACUUUACUAAUAUCGAAUCAUGUUAGAGAUUACGGUUUCACUAUUGGAUGCAAAAUGUAGGCAAGUUGUUCUAAUUUAUGUAAUUUGUGGCAACUUCUUCUUGUCUAUAUUUUCGAAAUUUCAUUUUGUUGUUUCUGAUUUUAAAACCAGUUAGUUUAUGAUGGCGACUCAUGUUACCAUGGA